AUGUUUCCCAGCAGAAUAGUUCCGGCGCGUAACUGCUGCAGUGUGGCGCUCGCCGGCGACUGCAGCGGCUCGUCCUCAGUGAAACCGCCAAAAAUGGUCUUGCUCGUGCUGCUGCCGAUCUCAAUCAUGACGUUCUUCUCGAUGCGCACAACGGCGCUCUCUGCGAACGGCUUCAGCCCAGCGGUGCGCAGCGCGUCGGCGGACGGUGCCGCAAAUUGA